AUGGGCCUUCCAGCGCACGCGGAAGACCCGGACGCGGAAGAAGAAAGACCAGAGGGCGAAUGCGUAGGCUUUGGCUACGUAAUCUUCCAAGGACAGACAGAACUUGGCCGCGGAUGCGGUCAACUAGAAUAUGCAGAAGUCUUCGAUGCGGAGGCGGAAGGGGCGCGGCAUGGUCUCAAGGCCGCUGUGGCGCUCUUUCCGGAAGCACAGGUCCGGCCACGCAUUACGGUAUGCCUCGAUAACACGUCCGUCAUUAGAGGACUCCGGGGAACCCCAGCUGCGUCGUCACAAGCGGCUUUCCUUGAUUUCCGGGCCACCUGCAAGAAUUAUGGCCCUAGACUGGUGGACGUCCGCUGGGUGCCUGACCACAAGGGCAUCACGGGCAACGAGAUUGCUGACGAGCUCGCUAAGGCGGGUGCUGAAGGGGAGAGAUAG